GGUCAUUUAGGGACACACAGAGCGCGUCGCGUUUUAUUCGCUAUUUAAACGUCCUAAAAUUUAGAUUAGGUAACUAUGCGGUGUAGAACUUGACUUCUAUAUAUUAUUUUAUACCUCAUACCUAAUACCAAAAGACCUUCAGUUCUGUUAUAAUUGUAUAUUAUUCCUGAUACGAUGCCUCCCAAACGCCCUGCAGCUAGCGCUGGUACUUCCAGUAAGAAAGCUAAGACAUCGAGUGAUGAGCCGCCGAAAAGCAAGCGAUGGUCCGCCGUGUCUGGCUCUGCUAAUGCCGAUGCCAGUUACAAAAAGAUCUGGGAGAAGCCCGACAAAUGGUAUUCGUAUGUAACUAUGUGCCCGCCAGUACCGGACGAUGACGAUGACGAGGACGGGGACGAGGACGAGGAAGAGGAAGAAGAGGACAAGGACGAUGAGGACCACACCGACGACGAAAGCAGGGAUGGGCCCAGAUGCGGCCGAAAGGGUUGUAUAUGUUCCAGACCAGCCGGGGAGAAUCCAGAUCACCCGUGGGUCGUGAGCCGGGCUGGCUACCGGAAAUAUUCCACUCAGCACAUCCAUUUCUCAUUGCGUAACCCCGAUUUCUUCCAAAUGUACACUUACAAUGACCAUGCUGGCUACGGAUGUCUUCAGGUUGUCCAGAAUUUGGUUUUAGAUUAUGUCGAGGCAGUAGAGCGUGGCUGGAAAGAGCAAUGGGCUGUGUGUGAAGGUCUCGGCCUUUGGUUACUGUGCCCAUCUAGCGGUAUCAUGAUGAUGAUCGAUGAUGGCGAAUGUGUCGACCAAACUAUGCGUCUCGUCGGCCUUAUGUUUCUAGAUAUGCUGGCACAACUUGAUGGCCUAAAUCUAGUUGGCGACGCUACCGACGUUAAAAGCUUGGGCACCAUCAUGGCCAUAUACUUGAAGAUUGCUUCAGAUGUGCGCUCAAUUGGUGGUAUCCUUGAGGAAGACAACGAUGAGGGAGGUCGUAAAACGAAAUUUCAGGCCAACCACUUUGAUGAUGCCAUUCUUUCAUACGCCACUCAGCGAGGCGUUACAUUGCAGGGCCCUAGUGAUAUCGACGAAAUCACUGCACGACUAAAUGGAGAAGUAGAGUUGCCUAAGAAGAACGCAAAGGAUCCAUGGGGCUUCAAAGCCGCAUUGAAGAUAUAUGAGAAACACUACGGCAAAGGGAAGCCCCGCGCUAUCGGUGGCGAUGAUCUAGAUAUCACGACUUGGACCAGCUCUCAGCGUAAGGAGGCACAUUUUGACCACAAGGACCCGUUAGGCAAGCGAGAGAUCGAUGCGCUUAAAAAGGGGAUGGUGAUGCAACUUGGGUGAUCUCGUCAUAUCCAUGGUUGGAGUUUUUAUUCUGAAAUCGAGGAGUUAGUGAAAUAUGUGGGUUAGUAAUACGUUAACUAUGGAUGUUGCUAUAAAUCAGUUUGGGCUGCCCUGUCUCUAAUGGUAGUAAUGUAGUAUAUGUUUUGUUUUAAGUCAUUGUUAAGUUGAUCACAUCAUGUCGAGCUUACAUGCAUGAUGUAGCCUUCGUAAGAGGGUGGUAAAAGAUAUUCUUGAU